AUGUUUUCCACAAACACUGUGGCUUCCACUUGGCUUGUCACUGCCUACCUUAUUUCUCUAGGGGCCGCAUCCUCUAUUGAAUCAACGAUUCUAGUCAUUGCUACGGACAGUGCAUCUGCCAAAAUCGCUAGCUCCGGCCUAAAUGGAUAUGGAAUUCCAUUCAGUACUUUACUGGUUCCUCAGGCAGGAGUUCAGCUGCCGACUCUGAACAGUAGCACUGGUGGCAAUUAUGGAGGCAUUGUGGUAGCCUCCCAAGUCAGCUAUGACUAUGGCGGGACAACUGGAUAUCAAAGUGCUUUGACUACGGAUCAGUGGAACCAACUAUAUGCUUAUCAGUUAGCAUACGGAGUUCGCAUGGUCCAGUAUGACGUUUAUCCAGGCCCCGAGUUCGGAGCAAGUGCAUCUGACGGCUGUUGCAACGAUGGUGUUGAGCAACUCGUUUCUUUCACCGACACCAGUGAUUUUCCCACUGCUGGUCUUCGUACUGGCGCUGGUGUAAGUACUGAAGGGCUAUAUCACUACCCAGCAACGAUCUCCAACAGUACAACCACCAAGGAAAUUGCCCAGUUUGCGGCCGACUCUGCUGGAAAAUUUAAUGGAACAAGUACUGCUGCUGUUAUCAAUAACUUCUCUGGCCGCCAACAAAUGGCCAUAUUUACCUCACUUGAUACAACGUGGAGUGCGUCAUCAAACUACCUGCAGCACGCAUGGAUCACUUGGAUUACCCGUGGAGUUUACGCUGGUUAUCGGCGGGUCAAUCUGAACACGCAGAUUGACGAUAUGUUUCUCGAGUCGGAUAUCUAUCUCCCGAACGGCACAACAUUCCGCAUUACAACUACUGAUAUGGACGGAAUCAAAUCCUGGAUCCCAAAAAUUACUGCCAAGAUGAACAAGGGGAGCGAAUAUUAUCCAGAGGUUGGCCACAACGGAAAUGGAAACAUUGAAUACAGUGCCAACGUGAAUGACCGAACUUGCAACGGCAGCGCCAUUGAGUACGGAGACGUUCCAGACACACCUCUCGAGUUCCAGAAACCUCUUGGGACCGGUACUAAUUUGUGGCCAAGCACGCCCACAACUUAUGAUUGGAGCUUGGCCUGCACCAAUCUCGAUCCCCUCAAAAUAUGGUGGGCAACUCCUGAUAAUCGUGAUUCCUUUGCUAGUCUUUCGCACACAUUCACUCAUGAAGAACAAAAUAACGCCACAUAUUCCGAUAUCAACAAGGAGAUUUCAUUCAACCAGGCCUGGUUGAAGCAAGUCACGAUAUCAGACUCGUCAAAGUUCACAUCAAACGGUAUCAUCCCCCCGGCUAUCACUGGAUUGCACAACGGUGAUGCCCUGCAGGCCUGGGUGGAUAACGGUAUUACCAACUGUGUGGGUGACAACACUCGUCCAGUCCUAGUUAAUCAAGACAACGAUAUGUGGCCAUAUAUUACCACAGUUGACUCCAACGGAUAUGCCGGAAUGCAGGUAAACCCCCGCUGGGCAACCAGAAUUUACUACAACUGCGACACGCCUGACUGCACUACGCAGGAGUGGAUCGACACAUCUGCUGGAUCCGGUGGUUUCGACGACCUACUAGCCCAGGAAAAGGCCGACACCAUACGCCAUUUGUUCGGACUGUAUCGCGCUCCUUACAUGUUUCACCAGGCAAACCUUCGCAAUGCAGAUGUUAGCAACAUUACCAUCAAUGGGGUUUCCGCUCAAAUUUCGAUAUUCCAGGCAUGGGUGGAAACCCAAGUUCAAGAAUUUGUCCGUCUGUCCACCUGGCCGCUCAUUACCUUGAAGCAUCAAGAUAUGUCUGCUCAAUUCGCCGAGCGUAUGGCCCGAGAUGCUUGUGGCUACAGACUCAGUUACACAAUCUCAGACAAUAAGAUCACCGGCGUGACUGUAACGGCAAAUAACAACACUUGCAGCACUCCGGUACCGGUCACUUUCCCCGUAGCCCCUACCAGCACAAAUGGCUACACAACAGAGCAGGUUGGCGAUGACCCGCUGACUGUUUGGGUUCCUUUGAGUGGAUCUCCAGUUUCUUUCACCCUGUCUACUGCUAUUUCUCUAUAG